AUGAACCACAGCGUGGUGACCGAGUUCAUAAUUCUGGGCCUGGCCAAAACACCUGAACUCCGCAGGCUGCUCUUCCUGAUCUUCCUCUUGGUCUACCUUGUGGCUUUCCUUGGCAACAUGCUCAUUGUCGUCGCCAUCGCCUGCAACACCACCCUGCACACCCCCAUGUACGUCCUCCUCCUGGCACUCGCCAUCGUUGACAUCAUCUGCACAACGAGCAUCAUGCCCAAGAUGCUGGGGACCAUGCUGGCCUCCGGCAAGACCAUCUCCUACGGGGGCUGCAUGUCUCAGCUCUUCUUCUUCACGUGGUCCCUGGGGGCCGAGAUGGUUCUCUUCACUGCCAUGGCCUAUGACCGCUACGUGGCCAUCUGCUUUCCCCUCCGGUACAGCACUAUCAUGAGCCACUGCACGUGCGUGGCCUUGCUCGGCACCGUCAUGGCCAUCGCAGUAACCAACUCCUGGGUGCACACAGGUCUCAUCCUGAGGCUGACUUUCUGUGGCCCAAACACCAUCGACCACUUCUUCUGCGAGAUCCCGCCACUGCUGGCUCUGUCCUGCAGCCCCGUGAGGGUCAAUGAAGUGAUGGUGUACGUCGCGGAUAUCACCCUGGCCGUGGGGGACUUCGCGCUCACCUGCAUCUCCUACGGCUUCAUCGUCGCCGCCAUUCUCCGCAUCCGCACGGUGCGAGGCCGCAGGAAGGCCUUCUCCACCUGCUCCUCCCACCUCACGGUGGUGUGCCUGUACUACUCCCCGGUGAUCUACACAUACAUCCGCCCUGCAUCCAGCUACAGCUUUGACAGAGACAAGGUAGUAGCCGCACUCUACACCCUCGUGACCCCCACACUGAACCCCGUGGUGUACAGCUUCCGCAACAAGGAGAUGCAGGCUGGGAUCAGGAAGGUGUUUGCGUCUUUGAAACAUAAUGGUUUGGAGAGGUAA